CUCUGCUGUUGGGUCAGCUUGCAAAAUAUUCCUGUAACACUCACUCGGGAAGAGCUACAUGACCAGCAAGAAAAUCUGCUAGGUCCCAGGCAGUCGCUGCUGCCCCUUUGAUGUUUUGGUACGCCGUGCGCAUGCGCGUCCCAUUAGAAUUACCGCACUGGGCAGACUAAGUUGGAUCUCCUCUCUCCAGUGAAACCCUCAAUCCCAUCAAAAACUAAAGGGAUGUGGAGAGUCCGGAAAAAGGGCUGCCUUGGGAUCUGGUCGUUUCCCUUGAUCAUCGCCGCUGUCUGUGCGCAGAGUGUCAAUGAUCCUAGUAAUAUGUCGCUGGUCAAAGAGACGGUGGAUAGACUCCUGAAAGGCUAUGACAUUCGUCUGAGACCAGAUUUUGGAGGUCCCCCUGUGGCUGUGGGAAUGAAUAUCGACAUCGCCAGCAUCGAUAUGGUUUCUGAAGUAAAUAUGGAUUACACGUUGACAAUGUAUUUUCAACAAGCCUGGAGAGAUAAGAGGCUGUCAUAUAAUGUGAUACCCUUAAACUUGACUCUGGACAACAGAGUAGCAGACCAGCUCUGGGUGCCCGACACCUACUUCCUGAAUGACAAGAAGUCGUUUGUGCACGGAGUGACCGUCAAGAACCGGAUGAUCCGGCUGCAUCCCGAUGGCACAGUCCUCUAUGGCCUCAGAAUCACAACCACAGCUGCCUGCAUGAUGGACCUAAGGCGGUACCCAUUGGAUGAACAAAACUGCACCUUGGAAAUCGAGAGCUAUGGAUACACAACUGACGACAUUGAGUUUUACUGGCGCGGGGAUGACAACGCGGUAACGGGAGUAACAAAGAUCGAACUGCCCCAGUUCUCCAUCGUGGAUUACAAACUUAUCACCAAGAAGGUAGUUUUUUCCACAGGUUCCUACCCCAGGUUGUCCCUCAGUUUCAAGCUGAAGAGAAACAUUGGUUACUUUAUCCUGCAAACGUACAUGCCUUCCAUCCUGAUCACUAUCCUCUCCUGGGUCUCCUUCUGGAUUAACUAUGAUGCGUCAGCCGCAAGAGUGGCAUUAGGAAUCACAACUGUCCUUACAAUGACCACCAUCAACACCCACCUCCGGGAGACUCUCCCUAAAAUCCCCUAUGUGAAGGCCAUCGACAUGUACCUGAUGGGGUGCUUUGUCUUUGUGUUCAUGGCCCUCCUGGAAUACGCUUUGGUCAACUACAUCUUCUUUGGAAGGGGACCCCAGCGCCAAAAGAAAGCGGCUGAGAAGGCUGCUAGUGCCAACAGUGAAAAGUUGCGCCUGGAUGUCAACAAGAUGGACCCACAUGAGAACAUCUUACUGAGCACUCUUGAAAUAAAAAAUGAGAUGGCCACAUCUGAGGCCGUGAUGGGUCUUGGAGACCCCAGGAGCACCAUGUUGGCUUAUGAUGCCUCCGGCAUUCAGUAUCGGAAAGCCGGGCUGCCCAGGCAUAGUUUUGGCCGAAAUGCCCUGGAACGACACGUGGCGCAGAAGAAAAGCCGCCUGCGGAGACGUGCCUCCCAACUGAAAAUCACCAUCCCCGACUUGACUGAUGUGAAUGCCAUAGAUCGGUGGUCCCGCAUAUUCUUCCCAGUGGUUUUUUCCUUCUUCAACAUCGUCUAUUGGCUUUACUAUGUGAACUAAAACACAGCCUUCGCAGGAAGCAAGGACUAGAUUCCUCCUCAAACCAGUUGUACAGCCUGACAAUAGGACUUGGAAAACACAUCAACCCAGGACAAAAGUGAUGCUUAAAUACCUUAGUUGCUGGCCUAUCCUGUGGUCCAUUUCAUACCAUUGGGGUUGCUUCUGCUAAGUAAUGAAUACAGUAAGGUCCUUGUGGUUUUCCAGUUAAAACGCAAGUGAUUUGCCCACUCGCUGGCAAGACUGGGUCUGAGCGUUCCACUUUAUCCGCUUAGUAUGCAGCCGACACAGAGGGGAAUUAUUUAGAAGAUUCUCUUAGAAGGCUCACUAGCACUGUCGGUCAUUCCACUGAGAAGUGGUCCCAUCCAGAACCUGCCAUCGUCAUUCCUGAGGUUGGCAUGCUGCUGCAACGGCCGCAUGCUUCAGAAACAUCGCCCUCAGUGCCACGCGGACACGCUUACGGAAGGUGCUCUGUGCCUGUCUCAUUAUGAUGAUAGUGGUGCCAUGGGAAGGUAAUUCCCACUGGCUUCUAGAACAUUCUCAUGUAGUUCAAACAGGAUAGACGGAGUCAAGACAGAGAGUCAAGAAACCAACUUGGCCAAUUUCAGAUUGCUUGAGCUCUUAAAGAGUCAGUUGUGACAUCUUCCAUUUUGACAUUAGAGAUCAGGAGAAUUCUAAACACUUUCAUGCAUGACAGCCAAAGAAAUUAUUUGAAAAUGCUGUUUCCUAGUUGGCUCCAAGGAGAGUUCAAAACCCAGGGCAGAGUGGAAAAUCCAGAAAUGACUGUUGUAACAACAUUAAAGCAAGCAAGCAUCAGAGCCUUUCUGAGCCCGCACAGCAUCUGGUCUGCACAUAUCGUGAGCAAUAGCAAAAGGUAGAACAAAAGAUUUUUUUUUCCAAUUUCACGAGCUUUGACAGCAUACCUAUAGAAACUUGUAUAGUUUAUCUAAUUCAAAGACAUCCACACAAGAGAAAAGCUAGCCAAAUUAGAAUUGUCUUAGAGGUAGGUUAGAUUGAGCGUUACCCAAAAAUACUAAUGUAGAUUCCACACAAUGUGAGCAGACAGGUCUUGUUUUUUUGUUGUUGUUUUUUUUCACGUCUGCUGUC